CAGAUAGCGGAGACAGACGGAGAGAGAACACCCACCUCGGUCGCUUCGUCUUUCUAUCAAACCCUCCUUCAACAGGCGCCUCCAGAAAGGCAUUCCACCGCUCCAACGGCCGUCUAGCUGCUGGGCGGACCUGUAUUUCAAACGCAAAUUUAGCGCAAAUAACCGCAUUGUUUUUCGGAACUGACAAAGUAAAAGAAGCGAGAGACAGGGGAGAGACAUGGCCACGACAACCUGUACGCGAUUCACAGACGAAUAUCAGCUAUACGAAGAGCUGGGGAAGGGAGCCUUUUCAGUGGUGCGCAGAUGUGUUAAGCUGUGUACAGGACAGGAGUAUGCCGCCAAAAUAAUCAACACCAAAAAGUUAUCUGCAAGAGAUCACCAGAAGCUGGAAAGAGAGGCUCGAAUUUGUCGCCUAUUGAAACAUCACAACAUUGUUCGUCUUCAUGACAGUAUAUCAGAGGAGGGCUUCCACUACCUCCUGUUUGACUUGGUGACCGGAGGUGAACUGUUUGAGGACAUCGUAGCCAGAGAGUAUUACAGCGAGGCCGACGCCAGUCAUUGCAUCCAGCAGAUCCUGGAGGCGGUGCUUCACUGCCAUCAAAUGGGUGUGGUGCACCGGGACCUGAAGCCAGAGAACCUGCUUCUAGCAAGCAAAUGUAAGAAUGCCGCAGUGAAGCUGGCCGACUUUGGCCUGGCCAUUGAGGUACAGGGGGAUCAGCAGGCCUGGUUUGGAUUUGCUGGCACACCGGGGUACCUGUCCCCUGAGGUAUUGAGGAAGGAGGCAUAUGGCAAACCUGUGGACAUCUGGGCCUGCGGGGUGAUCCUCUACAUCCUGCUGGUGGGUUACCCUCCUUUCUGGGAUGAGGACCAGCACAAGCUGUACCAGCAGAUUAAAGCUGGGGCUUACGAUUUCCCUUCCCCAGAGUGGGACACAGUCACCCCAGAGGCCAAAAACCUGAUCAACCAGAUGCUGACCAUCAACCCAGCCAAGAGGAUCACUGCUCAGGAGGCCCUUAAGCACCCAUGGGUCUGCCAACGGUCCACGGUGGCGUCUAUGAUGCACAGACAGGAGACUGUGGAGUGCCUGAAGAAAUUCAAUGCCAGAAGGAAACUCAAGGGGGCCAUUCUUACUACCAUGCUGGUUUCUCGAAAUUUCUCUGUGGGCAGCAGGCAGACCGCCGCUCCAGCCUCUGUAACUGCAGCCGCAGCAGCAGUGGCUGCAGCCGCCGGCACCACCGCAGGGCUGGUGGAACAAGCAGCUAAGACCUUGCUCAACAAAAAGGCAGAUGUCAAGAAACGCAAGUCCAGCUCUACUGUCCAGUAUAUGCCCCAGACAAACAGCACCAAAAACAGCAUAGUCACCAGCCCCAAAGGAAACAUCCCUUCACCUGCUCUGGAACCUCAGACAACAGUCAUCCAUAAUCCAGUGGACGGGACAAAGGAAUCAUCAGACAGCAGCAACACCACUGUGGAGGAUGAAGAUGUGAAAGGAAAGAGCUUAGACAACAGCUCGCUUAAGGCGCAGUCCAGCACAAGCUCCCAGCCAGAUAGCUCUCAGGGCUCCUCAGCUCCUGUGUACUCUGCCACAAAGUUUGCUGACCUGCUGGGCUCAGUGCGUAGGGGCUCAGGGCCCACAUCCGACGGGGAAGGGAGAACCAGCACUCCACCUCCUGCUGCCCUCUCCGCCCCCUCCCCUCCACACACCCCUGUUGUCCCCAUGCAGAUGUCUCGGCUCACAGACUUGGUAAGCAGUGUUCGCAGGGUGCCGGCGGCCCCUGCACCCGAGGUUGACGCUGCUCCGGCGCCGGUACCUUGCGCCAGGCCCACCCCUCCACCUGCACACACCACCUCCCCACCUCCCCCUCACUCCCCCUCCAGCCUUUCCCUGUCUUCCCCUCAGAUACGCAAACAAGAAAUUAUCAAGAUCACUGAGCAGCUGAUAGAGGCGAUCAACAAUGGAGACUUCGAGGCUUACGCUAAGAUCUGCGACCCUGGACUGACUUCAUUUGAGCCGGAGGCGCUCGGCAACCUGGUAGAGGGGAUGGACUUCCACAGAUUCUACUUUGAGAAUCUUCUGGCUAAGAACAGCAAGCCCAUCCACACCACCAUCCUGAACCCUCACGUCCAUCUGAUUGGCGAGGACGCGGCCUGCAUCGCGUACAUCCGCCUGACUCAGUUUGUUGACAACCAGGGUCGGCCACGGUCCAGCCAGUCGGAGGAAACUCGCGUCUGGCAUCGCAGAGACAGCAAGUGGCAGAACAUCCACUUCCACUGCUCAGGCGCACCAGCUGCGCCACUCCAGUGAGGUUGAAUGCCAUAGUUUUGUCUGUCAGGAGUGCUCUGCUGGAGAGAGGAAGAGGAGGAGGAGGGAAGGGAUGAAAGAACAAGUCCAGCUUCGGUUUGGGGAUGGGCCCUUCAACAACAAACCCUCCCUCACUGGACGCCCAGCCUCAACCCCCCAGCAUGCAUCUCUUCUUUUACUACUACUGCCCACUCAUCUAUCACCUGCCCUACAACAUCUUCU